AUGUUUGCAUUUUAUCUGCUGUACAUAUCUCUCGUAAAUGCCAAUGCAGUGAUUCCCUCAGUUUUCCGUAACCGCCUUCUUCGAAGUGUUAAUCAGCAUGGACAUGGAGAGCUUGUUUUUGCGCAUGCCGUAAGUAUUUUUUUUUAAAUCUUUUUUGGGAAAACAGAAUUAAAAAAAAAGACUUUUCGGAAAGCAGAAUUAAAAAAAUUUUUUUUUGGGAAAGCAGAAUUAAAAAAAUUUUUUUUUGGAAGAGCAGAAUUAAAAAAAAUUUUUUGGGAAAGCAGAAUUUAAAAAAAAAAUGUUUUGGAAAACAGAAUUUAAAAAAAAAUUUUUUUUGGGAAAGCAUAAUUUUUUAACUGAAAUUAUGUAUUUAAAACACGUUUUUUCUAAGCUUGGAGAGCCCUGGCUACACGAAAAAUCAAACUGCUUCAUUUUUCUUUAAACUUGGAAAACUGUAGCUACGUACCAUUCUAAGAAACUUUCCCGUUAACUUUUUUUCGAAAUCUUACUGUACUUUGGGUUACGGUAACAUGACUCAUUUUGUCAUAACUCGGGAACCAGAUGUCGUAGCGAGACGGGGUCUUUACCAGUGUGUUCAGCGUGCCGAAAGAUGGCUUUUUGUUAGCUACACCAAGUUUCUAGGACCCCGGGAAGUGGCAAAAAAAUUUGAAUAUUUAUGCAAAAAUUCAAAAAUAUGCAAAUUUCUCGAAAAUUUAACCAAAAUUAUGCUCAUUUUUAUUUCAUAUUUUGAAAGUAGAGGACAUAGCGGUUUCAAUGGUGUAAAAAACUUGAACGUGCGAACCGAGCUGUCUGAGAACGGGCUGUUUGAAGUUGGGGCACCCAGUCAUGAAUGAGCAAAAAAUCGGGGUAAACUGUAUAAAAUCAUUGUUAAACGGCAAGAAUGGAAAGUAAAUUUUGUUAUUACAUUGUAUCGGUCACAAUAGAAGAUUUUCCACAUAAUUUUCAUAAAUUUGCAUAUUUUGGAAUUUCUUGCAUUUACGGGUGCAUCAGCCGCCAGAUAGGCGUGGACAUGGCAAAAAUCGGUUUUGAGUUUUUUACAUUAAAAUGACUGUUGGAAGGUAUUAAGCAAAAGCGAACAAUAUUUUUUCCCAAAUCCUUCAUUAAGGUAUAUUUUUACAACAUUUUGACAAUAAAUGCAAGUAAUUCCAAAAUAUGCAAAUUUACGAAAAUUAUGUGGGAAAUCCUCUAUUGUGACCGAUACGAUGUAAUAACAAAAUUUACUUUCCAUUCUUGCCGUUUAACAACGAUUUUAUGCGGUUUACUCCGAUUUUUUGCUCAUUCGUGACUGGGUGCCCCAACUUCAAACAGCCCGUUCUCAGACAGCUCGGUUCGCACGUUCAAGUUUUUUACACUGCUGAAACCGCUAUGACCUCUACUUUCAAAAUAUGAAAUAAAAAUGAGCAUAAUUUUGGUUAAAUUUUCGAGAAAUUUGCAUAUUUUUGAAUUUUUGCAUAAAUAUUCAAAUUUUUUUGCCACUUCCCGGGGUCCUAGAAACUUGGUGUAGCUAACAAAAAGCCAUCUUUCGGCACGCUGAACACACUGGUAAAGAUCCCGUCUCGCUACGACAUCUGGUUCCCGAGUUAUGACAAAAUGAGUCAUGUUACCGUAACCCAAAGUACAGUAAGAUUUCGAAAAAAAGUUAACGGGAAAGUUUCUUAGAAUGGCACGUAGCUACAGUUUUCCAAGUUUAAAGAAAAUUGGAGCAGUUUUAUUUUUCGUGUAGCCAGGGUUGUUGACCUGCGCUCGACUUUUAGAAAAAUCGUGUUUUAAAAAAAAAAUUUUUUUGACAUUGCAUUUUCAGGUCUGGCGACACGGCGACCGAAUGCCCGACCGAGAUAUGCCCAAAUUUGGAGUGAAAUGGCCGCUUCCCACCGGAGAAAUGAGUGUGGUAAGCAAAAUGGGGAAAAGUUCCUUAUUCUGGCCACAACAAAGGUAUUCUGCGAACUGCGCCCAAGCUUGGUAACUAAAGUUAGGAAAAAAAAUCGACCUAACUGGCACUGAAUUACUAUAAUAGCAAGUUUUAAGUGUAUCUACGAAGGCGAUGACGACUCAUUUAGUUCUAUACGGAGGCAAUAAGUUUAGUUCCGGACAUGUUUCAUCGUAUAAAGUGUGAAAUCGCAGGCUGCAGACGCUUUUGAAGGGUAAGAUGGUACGUAAAAAGAAGGUAACUCACUAACUAAAUCCACUGUCCGGGCAUUGACAACGAUGAAUUGAGCCUGCACGCGAAAUUUGGGCUAAUUCCGACCAGUUUCCGCAAAGUUAUAAGUUGUGGCCAGAAUAAGGAACCCGUUUUUCUAUGAAAAAAGCCUAAAUAAAUAGUGUAAAAAAGGGCCUCAAAGUUAGCUAAAAUCCAUACGAACUGGCUUUACUGUACCAUACGAAGCCGGUUUCGACAAAAAAACCAAAAAAAAACUUACCAAUAAUUUUGUGACAUUUCGUCGAAAAAUCGAUAAUAUUGGUUAUCCAUCUCAGAUCUCAUCAACUACAAUGUAAAUUGUUUCAGCUAGGAAUGGAACAGCAGUUCAAACUCGGAGAGAAGCUACGAACUCGGUAUGUGGAAACCGAGAAGUUGAUCAGCCCGUAUUUCAACAGUGAAGAGGUGAGGAAUGAGAAGGGAUUUUCUUGAAGUGUAAAGCCUUGAUUUAGCAGGAAAUUAUACAGGUAGCAUUAGGAUAGAACGAGUAUUGAUUUGUGAAAAGUUUUAGCUUUUGAACAGCAGAGGUGACUGUGAUAUUUAAUCGCCUUUUUUCUUUUUCGAAACAAAAAGGGAGAGUAGGUCAGACGAAAACUACAUACAUGUUUUUGGCUACAACUUUUCAAAGGUUACAGUGGCGGACCUGAUCCAGCGGCAAAAAACGUACCGUUUUGCAUUCGGGAGGUAUGAAAAAAUGUGGCAAAAUACCUCGCUCUCCAAGCGAAAAAACUCAGAUUUCAAAAGCGCGCCAGCUCUUUUUGCCUUGAGGGAAAGGGAGGAGAGCCAUUUUUCAUGGGAACUAUCAAAAAUGUGGCAAAAUCCUUCCAUCUCCAAAUGAAAAAACUCUGAUUUCAAAAGCGCUCGCCCUUCAAAACGAAGUUUUCUCACUUGGAGAGGGAAGCAUUUUGCCACAUUUUUGAUACUUCCCGGAUGCAAAAUGGCACUUUUUUUGUCACUGGAUCGCUAUACUUGAAAAAUUUUGAUAUUUUGAAGAAAUAUUUUUCAUUCCAAUUAAAAAAGCCCACCAAAUUUUUUAAUCAUAAAUCAAAAAAAAAUUCCUCUACUUUUGGCCUGAAAUUUGCGAUUAUUUCUGUAGAAGUGGAGUUAAAAUUUUAGCGAAUGUCUUGGAUAAUAAAAUUUUCAAUUUGUGCCAAGUUCUGGCGGAAUCGAAAAAUCAGAAUUGUGCUUCGUUUGGAUAGAAAAAAAGCAAUUUUUUGUUGUGAUUUUAGUUUUUUUAGUAGGGGAAAUGACGCUAAUUUGAUGCAAUUUGAGGCAAACGUUAGACUGAAAAAAUCGGUCGAAUAAACAACCCCAUUUUUUAGAUCUAUGUCCGCAGUACGGACAAGAACAGAACCCUCCAAAGUGCGAGCAUCACAAUGAUGGGAAUGUACGGUCCGAAUGUGAGGAAAGGAACGGACGUCCCCGAUUAUUCCCCCUGGCCGGCUGGAUUUGUCGCCAUCCCAGUCCACACUGUCGAAUAUUCUACUGAUUAUGUGGGUAAAAUUUACUUUCAAAAUUGAUAUUUCGGAGUUUGAAAAUCUUUUGGGUCCAUAAAAAAUUUCACUCUAAAAAUUUUUUAUUUAGGUGGCAAAUGUGAAUCGAAAAUGCCCAAGGCUCCGAAAACUGCUGCGAACGAUUUAUUACGAAACGCCGGAGGGCAGGAAUAUCAGCAUGGUAAGUGAGGGUAAAAAUUUUCCAAAAAAUGAUGAUUUUUCAAAAUUCUUAAAUUUUCGAUAAAAACAAGGUCAUUUCGCUCUUUGAAACUUCUGAAAAUCCCUCUAAAAUCUCGAAUUGACCUCAUAAAAUCAUUUGUUUCAGGAUCCAGAAAACAAAAUUUUAUUCCAAUACCUCAGUGAGCAAAGUGGAAAGCCCAUCGACAUGUUCAAUUUUUGGUCGAUAAAUGACUAUGCGAUGGUUUCAAGGGCAAGUUUUUGGUCUCUUUUUUCUCCACGUACAACUAGAAGCUCUAAAAUUUCGGUUUUUAGAUCCACAAUGUCUCCCUGUCUAUUACGGAGGACUCUUUGUUCGAGCAAAUCCAACGAAUCGACGACCGAAUCGACCGGCUUCAAUUCGGCAUCGGCUUGCAGCCCUUCAAAGGAGUCGAUCUCAAAUUGGACAUGGCCAAAGUUAGAGGGUCGCCGAUGUUGUUUGAGAUACUGGAGAGGAUGAAUCGCAAGGUGUUUUGUAGAGAGACGGAAAAGGAAAAAAUGUCGGACGAGCAGAAGGACAUGUGCAAACGAAUGGACAAGCUGAAGUUUUAUGCUUAUUCUGCGGUGAGUUUGAGAUUCGAAUGGGGUUUUUAUAAGGGUAAAAUUGGAGGACCUGAUCCAGUGGCAAAAAAAGUACCAUUUUGCAUCCGGGAGUAUCAAAAAAUGUGGCAAAAUACCUCCCUCUCCAUGUGAAAAAACUCCAAUUUCAAAACGGAGUUUUUUCAGUUGGAGAGGGAGGUAUUUUUCCACAUUUUUGCUACUUCCCGGAUGCAAGACGAUACGUUUUUUACCACUGCAUCAGGUCCCUCACUGUACAAAAAUUGCAAUUUCCAAUAUUAUGCUUGACAUCAGUCCCUUGGAUAGUCAAAUUCACGGUGAUUUUCUUCUGUAACAGACCCCUCCCUUAGGGGAUCGGGGCUGACCGAUAGAUUGACCUAGCCUUCCGGGCCAGGUAUCUCACCGCCUUCCACGUACCCGAGCGGCGUAUCGCUCUACUAGACAAUACUCAAAUAUCCAUACCGGUUAACAAUUACAUUUAUUAUUCCAAACACAACCGCCAUCUUCAUCGCUUUUCCCUCUCUCCUCGAUCUUCGAUCGAGGCGCCAGGACUUGGGUUUAGACAUGCGCGGUAACUCCGCCUCCGACUUACGUCAUCAGCGUCGCUGGCCGCGACAUCUUCCCCCUCCUCCUAUCGCGACGACCGCGUCGCGAGAAUUGACGGCAAGGUCUGAAUAAGGCUUCAAACUUUAGAUAUCAAUAACACAUACAAAAAUGAAUACGACAAAUUAUAAUAAUGUAAAAUUAAAGCUUACUACGGUUAUUACUGCCUAUUUUGAACUGCUAUCGAAUUGCAAACGUUUAUCCCUUUAGACAAGACUAUGAAAUAUAAGGAAGAAAAGUGAAUAUUUCUUGGUUUUUCAGGUAUUAUAUUAAUUCACGACGAGCUCAGCGAACGGAGGAAACUGCUCCGCGUUCUGGGCUUUAUGGUAUUGUAAGUGCGACGCUAUAUAUCUUUUUUCCGAUAACCAAGAUUGCAAGAAAGACUAGAGUUUCAUAAGAAUGGGAGUCCACGUAGCUCUUCUGAUAGUUUUCUGAUAGGACGAAAGUUAAUACAGCAUAAAAUUGUCCAUACAAUACAUGCUGCGACCUGAUUGUGAGAGGAAGAAGCUGAGGGGUGUGGGUGUGGAGUAGUGAAGUGGAUGGAAAGUGUGUGUGAGUGGCAUAGUGACUGUGGUGCUUAGUCCUCCUCUUCUUCAUCAUACUCUUCGUAGUCGUCUUGAUCCUCCUGGUAGUCAUCUUCGUAUGGGUCUUCCGAAUAAUCUUCGGCGUCGUCGUACUCAUCAUCAUAUUGCGGUUCCUGUGCAUCCCAAUGCGAGGGUCCCGGUUCAUUGGUGGGCCUAUCAUAACUAUCAUGGAACAAAUUGAGACUUGCUUCUGACCGGCGCGGGCGGUCUUCUUGAUUUGAGAUCUGAUGCGGUUCUCUGCGCCGCUUGCGGUUGUUGGGGUGAUUUUCGCGAAAAUUGUUGUAACGCGGGUUGAAAUUCCGCGGUCCGGCGAAAGGGGCUCUUUUCCCUCUGCGAUUGUGAAACGGGUUGAGGCGAGCGAGCUUCCUCUGUACAGGGUGCGCCAAUAAAAUCUGGACUAAUGUUUUUGCUUGCCCUGCGGGCUGUAACAGUACGAGAACAAAGUUCUCGAUUGUGGACACGUGUAAUACGUCCAAGAAGCUAUCUUUAAAGUUUCAGACAAAAUAAUCGUCUACGACACUUGUUUUGCCAUUAUAAGUGCAUACAACUAAGGCGCCUGAAACACGGACCCCAAAUUGGUCAAAAAAUGGUUGCGCUAUCUUUACCGUUUUAUGCUAUGGACUGAAAUUUACUUUUUCUGAUAGAGCUCCGUUCGGUUUUUAUACACUGAAAUUGAUUUUUCCUCAUUAUGACAAUUAGGCUUUUUACAGCUCGCCAAAGUUGGCUUAAAAACGGGCCCUUUUUCACGAGAACUUCCGUUAAAUUAAACAUUUUUAUGUAGAAGUUUCCCUGUGUGAUUCCAAACAUGUUAAGCACCAGAACUACUUUUGCAAGGAUAACCAGAGUCAGCAUAGUCACCUUUCAAAAAGGAUUUUUCUAUCUGCUGCCUCUGGGGAUUAAAUAGUGGCUGUAGGGGCAUAAUUUACCAUAUCCUCGCUAUUCGAGUGAGCUUGGACUAGAUAUUUCUAAAAGUGAUUUGGCUACAUCAGCAUGUAUCCAGUAUACAACUCUAUGUUGAUUUUUACGCUCAAGGCCUUUCAUACUUGUUGCAAACUGCCAAAACGUUUCAAGUUCCGAAUGACCGAGCCUUGAAUUCCCCCAUGAACUUUUAUUUAUGAAAAAACGGUCCCCUUAUAUGUGCGGAUUUUCUUUUACACUAUAACAAUUGGCUAUCUAUACGCUCUGUAAUCACGGAAUUUUGGAGCAACACGGGCUAUAAUCUGGCGUUGAGAUCCUUAAAAACACAAAAAUCCAAAUUUUUGGGUAUUUUUUUGUUUCCGCCACCAACGCCGCCAGAUCGGCCACCAACCCUGGUUCCGUAGGCUGUUACAAAGACAACAGCACGUACUUUAUAUACGAUCAAUUUGAAGAACGUCAGUGACUAUUAGCAGAAAUAAUGGAAGAAUCAAUAUCCCAGUUAUCAUCUUGAAAAAAAAUUUCUGCACCUCCAAAAACUUUUGAUUAUUUUUUCAGCCUUGCAAUAGGCAUCGACCUGGUUAUUACCGUUGCUGUAUAGCACUGUUGUUACCCUUUCUAAAAGUGCUAAAAGUUUCCGUUCUCAGGCCAUCCGAAAAAGGCUAUAUGGAAUUUAGUUUUGUCCAGAUUUUAUUGGCGCACCCUGUAUAUUGAAAAGGGCUUCGCGAACGAAAUUGUCGGACCCCUGCACCGCAUUCACGCCGUACGCCUCAUAGCGUCCGACCUCAUUUUCCGCUAUCACUAUCAAUUCGCCUAGCUCCGUAUCUCUAUUAGCGCGCAAGCGGAUGGCGUCGCGUACCUGCCUUGGUAAAGCGGCAACUAAUUGCGCGCGUACUUGAGACUCUUGUACCGCACUCGCCAAUUCCCCGUGCUCCUCACUCGGAAAUGCAUACGUUGCAAGAUCACGCAACUCUUCCACCAACCCUAACACUGACUCACCCUCAGCCCAUGUCUUCUCAAAGAAAUCCCGGCGCGCUUUUCCUUGCUUCCCAGCUAUUGGGACUGCGCGAGCAAUCGCAUUUAAAAUUUCCUCUGGCUCCUCGGCCCUGAUUAGCUCUCUGUCCAGAUUGUUAUACACCACCAUGGCUUCAUCAGCCAAACAGUGGGGAAUAAGUUCGGCCGCUUUCUUGCGGCCUAACUUCCUCGCAUCACACAUACGAGCGUAUUGCUGCAAAAACGUGGCAAAAGGCCGCGGGUCGUGUCGGCCGCAAAAGGGGGUCAACGGAUAGGAGGGCGCGUUAGGCUCUUCCGUUGGGGCCAUGAUAUCCGAUCAGAAAAAAGUUACCUGUGCUAGGCACGGAUGAAGGUAAAGAAAUGAUCUUCCAAAUUUUAGUUUGGCCGGGAAGGUGGGCGUUGUUUGCAUGGGUGGGCUCGUUUUGGUUUGGCGCCACACCUUGCGUAACUUGGCGCGCUGACCCCUUGUCGCUUGACCUAUAUAUGUUCAACUUAAUGGGCCUAUUGCGCCUUUCCCGCUUUAUUUUCUCUGAGGCUAUUCUUCUUUGCGGUAAUCUUUCCAGUUGUGACCCCUGUUGCCAUAGCUCGCAGCAAUCAAAAAAAAAUUCAAAUUUUACAUCGAUACCGAGAGAAAAAAAUGUGUACAGAAAGGUGAAGACCUAGUACUUGUUGAUCAGACAAUCCUAAGUAAACCCUUUUUCAAAGAUGGUGGAUAUUACAUGCUUUUAGGGAAGUCAAAUAGCUCGUUUUAUAGCAAGUGGCCUCAAGUUAAUGUCAAUGAUGAAUCUCUAGUUUCUUUUCGUUUUUUUGAGAUCAUAUGUACUUAUUUUGCUUAUGCCGCGUUCAAGGAAGCUUUCAAUGUAGAAAAAUAAAAUUACACUGUCCCUGUCCCUGUAUAAAUAAUUUUCGAUCGCUAAUUUCUUUUUUGGGGGUAUUUUAUUUUUGGAUUUUUUAUUUGGUUUUUUCAAUUAAUUUUUUUUUCAGCACGACAUGACGAUAUCAGCACUCUUUGCGAUUUUUGGAUUUCCAGCCCCGAAUUUCGAUGAGAUUGGAUUGCCCUGUUAUUCGACUGCAGUGACCAUCGAACUUCGGCGGAUCAACCAGAAAUAUGUUGUUAGAGUAAGUUAGAGUAACCGCUGUCAAAAUUUUGGUUUAUUUACUGUAACCUUGGAGAAAAUGCGUUUUAUUUAUAGCGAUUUUGGAGAAAAAGUUCAUUAUUUGUUAUGUUACAGCAAUUUGAAAAAUUUUUUUUUUUAUGUUACAGUAAUCCUGGCAGAAUUUUUUUUUUCAUGUGACAGUAAUGUUUAGUCAAAAAAUUUGAUUUUGAGGCAUAAAAUUUCCCGUUUUUAGGUGCUCUUCUGGCCAGCGAACAAGGACAAAUUUCAAGACAUUACAAGUCACAUCAAAGGAUGCGAAGGGGAAUGCACUUUGAAACAAUUCAACGAAAGGGCAGAGAUUUACAGGGUCGAUGAUAUCAAAGAGGUGGGAAAAUUUAUUUUUACAUGUAUUAGUCUAUGUUUCUCACCGUUUCACAGUGAUUUUUUGACUCUUCAAGUUUUCGUGGCGGGACCGAAAAUCUAAAAUGCACAGUCAUAUCUUUGUUUUUUCAGUUAUGCAACACCCCAUUGUUCCCAAAUUCAACGGACAAAGAUUCAAACGACCCCAACGACCCACGAAUCCCAGUUCUGUCGUCGGGAAAUCUUCGGAGUUACAGUAUUCUAGUCAUGAUAUCUGCAUUCCUAUUCAACUCAUUUGGUCUGUAA